AUGAAAUCAGUAUAUAUGGUGUUAUAUAUUGCAAAAAUUGAGAUAGUAUAUGUUAAACAAGUAUGUAGAAGCACAAAGGCAUGGAUUGAAUUAUGGCAAAGGUUAUUUGAUAUAGUGAGUUAUAUUGAUAUGAUGAAUGAUUAUAUGAAAUAUAAGAAUUGUGGAUUAAAAGAUGUUGAGCAAGUUAGUUCAAUAAAUGGUGAUGAGAUAAAUAAUAGGAAAUCUGAAAAUUCACCCAAACAGAAUUGUGAAGCAAAUGAUUCUGAAAAUUGCUAUAAAAAUGAAAUAAGUGAUUCUAAAUUUGGUGAUAAAUAUGAGAAAACUGUUAAAAUGAGAAAUAUGUCUGUGGAUCGAUUAAAUUAG